AUGGAUCUAGGGGUGUUGGCCCUUCGUGUCCCAGGGUUUGGAUUUUGGCUGGCCGGUGCUUCCCGUGGAUCUCCUUCCCGGGAUAACGCGCCAUUCCCGUCUCCCGGUGUCAGGUACACGGUGCUGUUCUCCCACGGCAACGCCGUGGACCUGGGGCAGAUGAGCAGCUUCUACAUCGGGCUGGGCACCCGAAUCAACUGCAACAUCUUCUCCUACGACUACUCCGGCUACGGCGUGAGCACGGGGAAGCCCUCGGAGAGGAACCUCUACUCCGACAUCGACGCCGCGUGGCAGGCGCUGCGGACGCGGUACGGGAUCAGCCCAGAGAACAUCAUCCUGUACGGGCAGAGCAUUGGCACCGUGCCCACGGUGGACUUGGCCUCCCGCUACGAGUGCGCGGCCAUCGUGCUGCACUCGCCGCUCACCUCGGGCAUGCGCGUCGCCUUCCCCGACACCAAGAAGACCUACUGGUUCGAUGCCUUCCCCAACAUCGAGAAGAUCUCCAAGAUCACCUCUCCCGUCCUCAUCAUCCACGGCACGGAGGACGAGGUCAUCGACUUCUCCCACGGGCUGGCGCUGUUCGAGCGCUGCCCCAAGGCCGUGGAGCCGCUCUGGGUGGACGGGGCGGGGCACAACGACAUCGAACUCUACAGCCAGUACCUCGAGCGCCUUCGGAAAUUCAUCUCCCAGGAGCUGCCCAGCCAGCGCAACUAGGGCGGGCGGGGGCCCUGCCCGUCCCUCCGUUCUCCCAGUGUCCCUCCCCAUCCCAGGUGCAAUGACUUUGUUCGGCCUCGGCUCCGGGCUCGGGAGCACGGGCGGUGUUUCCUCUGGGACACAAGCACAGCUCUCCUGCCGCCCGGUGCCAGCCCUGGCGCUGCUGGCACCCCUGGCACGGCUGGGCAGACACGGCAGCUCCCUCCUCCCCCCUUCCCAGAGACACGAGAGCCCCCCCUCCGGCGGCGGAUCCUUGGCUUCGGACACGUCCUCGUCCCCUCUCCCGGGACAGCGAACCCCCGAGCCCCUCCCGAG